CCGCAGGGAGCCCCUGUCGCGUCUCCGCCCCGUGCGCCCUGCCCGGCCGGCGAGCCCCUCGCGGUGCUGCGCCGCCGACAUGUGUGCCGCCCGGAUGCCGCCUCUAGCGCACAUCUUCCGAGGGACUUUCGUCCACUCCACUUGGACUUGCCCCAUGGAGGUGCUCCGGGAUCACCUCCUCGGCGUCAGUGACAGCGGCAAAAUAGUGUUUCUAGAAGAAGCUUCUCAGCAAGAAAGGCUGGCCAAGGAAUGGUGCUUCGAACCCUGCGAAGUAAGAGAACUGAGUCACCAUGAGUUCUUCAUGCCUGGGCUGGUGGACACUCACAUCCAUGCCCCUCAGUACUUCUUUGCUGGAAGUAAUGUGGACCUGCCGCUUCUGGAGUGGUUGAACAAGUACACGUUUCCUACAGAGCACAGGUUCCGGAGCAUCGACUUUGCUGAAGAGGUCUACACCAGAGUUGUUAGAAGAACACUGAAGAAUGGAACGACCACAGCCUGUUACUUCGGAACAAUUCAUACUGACUCAUCCCUGCUCCUUGCGGAAAUCACAGAUAAAUUUGGGCAGCGGGCGUUUGUGGGCAAAGUCUGCAUGGAUUUGAACGACACUGUUCCCGAAUACAAGGAAAGCACGGAGGAGUCCGUCAAGGAAACCCAGAGGUUCGUGUCAGAGCUGCUUCAGAGGAACUACCCCAGAGUGAAGCCCAUUGUGACACCACGCUUUUCCCUUUCUUGCUCUGAGACUUUGAUGAGUGAACUGGGCAGUAUCGCUAAGACCCACGAUCUGCACAUUCAGAGCCAUAUCAGUGAAACUUGUGAGGAAGUUCAAGCUGUGAAAAACUUGUACCCCGGUUAUAAAAACUACACAGAUGUAUAUGAUAAAAACAAGCUUCUGACAAAUAAGACAGUGAUGGCGCAUGGCUGCUACCUCUCUGCGGAAGAGCUUAACACGUUCAGUGAGCGAGGAGCAUCGAUCGCACAUUGUCCCAACUCUAAUCUGUCGCUCAGCAGUGGUACGCUAAACGUGCUGGAAGUCCUGAAACAUGAAGUGAAGAUAGGUCUGGGAACAGAUGUCGCGGGUGGCUAUUCGUCGUCCAUGCUUGAUGCUAUCCGAAGAGCCAUGAUGGUUUCCAAUAUCCUUUUAAUUAAUAAGGUAAAUGAGAAAAGCCUCACCCUCAAAGAAGUCUUCAGACUAGCUACUCUGGGAGGAAGCCAAGCCCUGGGGCUGGAUAACGAGAUUGGAAACUUCGAAGUGGGCAAGGAAUUUGAUGCCCUCUUGAUCAACCCCAAAGCAUCUGACUCUCCCAUUGACGUGUUUUAUGGGGAUUUUGUUGGUGAACUUUCUGAGGCUGUUAUCCAGAAAUUUCUCUAUCUAGGAGAUGAUCGAAACAUUGAGGAGGUGUAUGUGGGUGGAAAGCAGGUGGUGCCGUUCUCCAGCUCGGUGUGAGAGCCGUGGGCGUC